AUGUUAGAAGGAGCUAGAGUUCAAACUAGGAUCCAAGAAGAGGUUCAAGCUGAAGUGCAAACUGAGAUCCAAGAUGGGGUGCAGGGUGAAGGGCAGGGGCAAGAAGAAAUGACCCAAAACCAGGAAGAACAUGAAGUGCAAGCAGAGGCUACACCUGUAACCACAUCUGCAAGACCACCUGGUAGACCAUCUCGAAGACCACCUGCAAGACCAAAUGCAAGACCAUCUUAUAGGGCAAGAAAGCAAUCUGAGAGGAUAAUCUUGAUGAAACUGGGCAAGAAUUUUAGUGGAGCAGGGAGCACAUCUGGGAAACCUUUGGAUUUAGAAUGA